AACAAGGAAAUAUUUCCAGACAGAAUAACUCAGUAAAAUAGUAACAGCUCUUUGUGCACACACUGACUUAUUUCUGUUUAUUUUGAUGAUUGAUUACAGCUGAUUAAAAAAAACAAAUUGAGUUUAACAAAAAAAUUAAAAUGACAUUAAAACAAUAAAAUGAUUUCAUCAGAGAAAUGUUCUUCUGCGUCUCGGUUCCACCUUCUGAAACUGGGAACAAAUGAACCAAGUGAACUACGUGAACUUUUCCAUGUUGGUCUGAUCCAAUCAGAGCAGAGCUUCCCAUCAGAACCGACCCAGCAGGUUCAUGCUGGGUUCUGUGUUGAUCAGCGUUGCUCCAUCGUCCCUCAGUGUCUCCUGUCCUCAUGUCUCUCUGUGUCCAACAGGAUCCUGGACUUCCGCCGAGUUCCUCCAGUCGCCGGCCGGCUGCUCAACAUGACCAAAGAGAUUCGAGACGUAACCAGAGACAAGAAGCUGUGGAGAACUUUCUUCAUUUCCCCAGCCAACAACGUGUGUUUCUACGGUGAAUGCUCCUACUACUGCUCCACUGAACACGCUCUGUGUGGAAAACCCGACCAGAUCGAAGGCUCGCUGGCCGCCUUCCUGCCUGACCUCGCCCUGGCCAAGCGCAAGACCUGGAGGAACCCCUGGAGGCGCUCCUACCACAAGCGCAAGAAGGCAGAGUGGGAGGUGGACCCGGAUUACUGCGAGGAGGUGAAGCAGACGCCGCCGUACGACAGCGGCUCGCGGCUGCUGGACGUCAUGGACAUGACGGUCUUCGACUUCCUGAUGGGAAACAUGGACCGGCACCACUACGAGACGUUUGAGAAGUUCGGAAACGAGACUUUCAUCAUCCACCUGGACAACGGCAGAGGUUUUGGGAAACACUCUCAUGAUGAGAUGUCCAUCCUGGCUCCUCUGCUGCAGUGCUGCAGGGUCAGGAAGUCCACCCACCUGCGUCUGCAGCUGCUGGCGAAGGAGGAGUACAAACUGUCGGUUCUGAUGGCCGAGUCCAUGACGCGGGACCGGCUUGACCCGAUUCUCAUCCAGCCUCACCUGGACGCCAUGGACCGCCGCCUGCGCCUGGUGCUGAAGACGCUGUCCGACUGCAUCGACAAGGAGGGCUACGGCUACGUGGUGGAGAACGACCUGCAGGGGGCGCCGGGGGCCCGCAGCGGCCACAGGACGAGGUAGCCAGGGGGCUGGGUCCGACCCGCUCCCAGGAGAACCGAUUAGACUGCGACCUGAACCCCAAACCGAGCCAGAACCACCGGGUUUCACCUGGACUCCUUCAAAUCAACAUGUAGCUUAGAACCAACCGGGUCAGACACAGGUCGUAGGUUAGAACCGGGUCAAACCCAGAACAUGGGCUCUGGUUACGGAGUCUGGUCCAAUUCAGAGAAUUCUGAGGGCAUCGAACUUCCAAACUCACUUCCUUAGUGCGAGCUGCAGCCUUUUACCACAGAAGAAGAGCUGGAGCUGCAGCCUUUUACCACAGAAGAAGAGCUGGAUCAAAAUGAGGUUAUUUUGUAAACUUUGUUUUUUUUAAACCUGAUUUCUGCUGAUUCUGCCGUGUCAGCGUCUUAUCGGAGGCGGAGGGUUCUGGUGGGAGUACUGGUUUACUCCUGGAUCAUCUUCUUUCUAAGCUUUUACUGGACAGCGUAUUUAUUAAAGUUUAUAUUUAUUGUUUGCCAAAAAAAAUCAGAGGAAGAGGAAGCAAAAUGAUUUCCAUCAGAACAGUGUACUUCUCUGUGUGCCCACCAGGGGGCAGUGGCAGCAUGUGCAGCAGUCCAAGCUGUUAGUUUCUCAUGGUUCUCUCUCCUCUCAAACACCCAGUCAGUGCCCAGCAGCUGUUCAGGCCUCUUCCUGUGCAGCAGGUGAGAUUUAAACCAAAUGUGACACUAAUUCCUCUGGUUGUUUGGUUUUAAUGUGUUUGGUGUCUGAUGUGGGGAGAUGGUUCUCCUUCCUGAGCAGCAGCUGAUCUGUUGUCUCUGACUCGCCUCUGGCUGGACGUUCAUAUAUUCAGUAGGAAACUCUAGUGCCUGUGCAAUGAUA